CAGACAGGAGGCCUGGAUGUUGUCUCAGCACUCGACAGGCUUCUAGCAACACCGACAGACAGGACAGACAAAGGGCUUUCGACUCACAUUUCAUAACAAGCCAAUGGAAAGGCAGAACACAGGCGAAGAGGUACAUUCAAUGGUUUCUUCUCUUCCCGGUUCUUUGAAUGAAGAACACGGUUUUGGGAGUACUAUGCCGGAUUCCCCGAGCGGGAAUAUACCAACUCGUGAUGAGGUCGAUCGUCCAAGUAGUCCGCGAAUAGCUCAGCCAUACGAGGACGAAGCAAGUGAAGAAUACAUAACACAUGAUACACAAACACAGAACCUUCAAAGCGAAAAACUCAGUACACUGCGUCGAGUACGAAUACAGAAGAAAAACAGCAGAUAUUAUUUCCAGCAUCCAUAUCUAAGACUCUUCAUUUGUUAUUUUAUUAUCUUUUGUAAUUUUCUCAUCUACGCGGAAGACCCCGUGGCCCAUAGCUUGUCUCAGUGCACCAUUCCCGUGAUCGGCAAUGUGUUUGCAUUUGUCGUCAAUAACUAUCCUCCUAAUGGAUGGGCGGCCCUCAAGUUCUUCAUGUGGUUUUUUGGAAUGAUCACUGGCAUGCUGAUUGGGAAAUUUUUUGUGCACAAGCUGCUGUUGCGGAAAUGGAUGAAGCUUUCUAUGUUCCAAGAAGACAAAGGCUCAUGGAUGGUCAUGUUUCUCACCACCAUAGUCCUGUUAUUCGUCUUUUCCCUCAUAUUCAAUGGCCUUGUAAGCCUAGGAGGGAGCAUAGCCGCCUAUAAGGUAACAAGUUUCCUCGGCUUUACCAACAAGACCUUCAUGAAAGCUGCAGCCAUGGGGACAUGGAUGGGAGACUUUGUCACAGCGUGGAUGGUCACCGAUAUGAUGUUACAGGAUAAGCUUUACCCUCACUGGAACAAGCGGCUGCGCAAAUGGUGGCAGGCAGGGUGGAACCGUAUCGUGAUGUUCUGGAUCGUCCUCAUAGUCGCGACAGUCAUCGUCGCCACAGCCAUCACCACCGACUACCUUGACUGGGAUCGGUAUAACCGCUGGAUCGUUUCCUCAAAUGAGCUCUCUCGCGCUUUUCUCGCCGCUAUCAUCCUGGUGUUCGAUCUCUGUAUUGUUAUGCAGGACUGGGAUUUCCCGAUGUUCCGUGGCAAUAUGGAUAUCAAACUCCCUGGUGUAGAUACCGCGUCAGUGCGCAUUCGGUUGCCGCGCUGUUUGAGGAAGGAGAAGUGGUAUAUCCACAUAACUGGCAAGUGGUUCAACUACGGCAUCAUCAUGCUAGUUAUCAUUCUUGAUCUCAACAUGUGGAAAAACCAGAUAUUCUACAAUCCGUAUGAAUUUGGCCAAUAUACCCUCCCUUCUCAUCACAUUUGCUACAUAGAAGACAGAGCAUUCCUCGCCACGGCCAACGAGACCAUGGUAUCUUAUGACUGGCGCGCGACUCAUAUCAACCCUGCCACAAACCUAUCCUACGCCUCAGCCGACCGCAAAAUGAAUGCCAAAUAUUUUGGCUACAGUCUUGGCGUGAAGUCUACGGCUUUUAUUCCUUCCAUAGCGGUGUUUAUACUAUUCGGGCUGCUCAUUUGGUUUUAUGGCCGCGAGGAGUUUGUGGUGGACGCGGUCGUAGUUGAUGGCGCGUCCGUGCAAGGAAUCAUAAUCGAAAGCUACGACUCGGAAUACCUUCCCGACCCAAAACCACCCGCUACCGACGACAAGAGGAGCGGAAAGCCUGACGAAAGCCCGAAUAAAAACGAUGAAAGGCUGAAUAAAAAGUUUGCGGACGCCGAUUCUGAAGUGGCUGGAGGUGAAACAGAAAACGAGCCUAAAUUGUUGAAUGUACAAAAAGUGACAUACGUAUGAUGCGAAGAUAGAAAACAGAAGGGCAAUUAGCGCCGUAAUUGUUAGUAAAUCAUAGCCCAAAGGUUUGGCAACAUCAUGCCUCAUGGGGGCUGGAUGUUAUGUCUGGCUUAAUGUCUCUACAAGCAGUUUGCAAUGCUGGAGCUAAUCGCCUUGAAUUAAAACUUAUUACCGAGUCUACAAAGUCAACAAUGUUAGGUACUACUUGUUAAACAAUGUUCCAUUUAGCAUUUCUUUGCCAUGCUUGUUGGCAAAUGAAGUUUGUGCCAAUCAGAUAGCACGUUUCUUGCAUAAUUAUUGGCGUAUAGAGAUUCGGCUCUAGGACAAUUUUGAACAGAAAAGGGAGUGAAUUAGUAAAUAUAUGAAGAAUUUGAAAAAUAGAAGUUCAUGGUUUUUAUUUUUUAUGCAAUCCUUCCGUCUGCAAAAUAUUAACUAAUAUUUAUUUGUUGAGCUACUAGUAAAGCAGCGUUCUAGAAGAGUCAAUCACAAAAACACAGAAAUUCAUUUAAAGCUGUAUAAAAAAAAUAACGUGUAUACCUUGUUGUUAAAACACUCUAUAGUAAAUGGAUUUCAAACGUUA